AUAUACGGAAGUUGCAUAAUAAAGUUCCGCUCCUGAUUGGACGAUACAACAUACGCUAGCUUUGUCCAAUAACGUGUCAGCUAGGCGGAGCAAUAAGAAUAUAUAAACAGAGAGUCGACGGUGAUAAAAUAAUUCACAUUUCUUUACAGAAAAGAAAUUAAUAUCGAACAUGUCAGGAAGAGGAAAGACCACCGGGAAGGCCAGGGCAAAGGCGAAGAGCCGGUCAUCUCGGGCCGGGCUUCAGUUCCCUGUCGGCCGGGUCCACAGACUGCUGAGGAAGGGGAACUACGCUCAGCGUGUCGGCGCCGGAGCUCCCGUCUACCUGGCGGCGGUGCUUGAGUACCUGACGGCUGAGAUCCUGGAGCUGGCUGGAAAUGCAGCCCGUGAUAACAAGAAGACCAGGAUCAUCCCCCGUCACCUGCAGCUGGCUGUCCGCAACGACGAGGAGCUCAACAAGCUCAUGACUAACGUCACCAUCGCUCAGGGCGGUGUGCUGCCCAACAUCCAGGCUGUCCUGCUGCCCAAGAAGGCCGAGAAAGCUGGCAAGGCCAAAUAAGUCGUCCUUGAACGCAACACCACAAAGGCUCUUUUAAGAGCCACACACACAUCCUAUCGAGUCUCUUCCUGUUACAGUGAAAAUUACGUAGUCACUAAAAACCAAGUGCCUUCAAGUCAGGUCUUAAAAUACUUUAGGCGCUGACAGGAAAAGAAAAGUAAAUGGAGGCUUUCAAAGACUUUACAUUUUCACAUGUUAUUCUUCUUGUGUAGACUGCUUGUUUAGGUAGAUGCGCUUUACGGACACCAGACUGAAAGCGCUUAAUAUAAAUCAAUAAAUACACACAUUAAUAGAUUAGUAUA